AUGAAAUUGAGUUUUAGUUAAUGUAGUCUACUCUCCUCUGUUAAAACUAGUGAUUUAACUUCCAUUACUCAUCUAAUUGAAGAAUUAGCUAAAUGCGUAUCCACAUUUUUACAAAUCUAAAUGUACAUUUAUACUAAUACUAAAAAAUAGAAAAUCAGAUAAUAAUUUUAGAUAAAAACUAUAUACCUUUACAUUUUAAUUCAUUAUUCAUGCUCUUUAAGGCUAGAAUAUUGAAAAUCCUAUAAUAGAUUCCAAUCCACCAUAAUAAAAUAUAAUAAUUGAAAUUAUCAAAGCAAUCAAAGAAUUUAAAAUUGAAUUAUUUGAUCUUGCAGCAUAAAAUCCUAAUAUGUCUUUCUUUGAUUUCUUAAUUACUUAAUAGUUCAAUGAUCUUUAUGAUAUUCUUACUGCCUCUGAAAAACAAUUAAAUGGAUAAUUAGAACCUAUUACACCUAAAAAAUCAAAAUAAGAAUUACCUUAUAAAUAAUAUCAUGAACUUUACUUUUAAAAUGAUUCUAUUAAAAAAAGAUCUAUGUCUGUUAAUCAUCUUACAUCAUAAAAACAACUUCAAUAAAAUAAUAUUGAAUUAGAUUUUGCAUUACUUUAAUAAUUUGUUUAUAAUCAAAUAGAACAUAAACAAGAUUCACCUAAAGCUAAAAAUAAAUAAAAUCCAUAACUCUUUUCUUUUGAUUCCACUUUUGUUAGAGAUUUACCUCUAUCAAAAUAUAAUGCCAUAAGUAAUUUUGAUGAAUAAUUCAAUUUCACACUCCAAAAAUCUUAAGAAGAUGCUAUUUAAACAUCAAGAUUCGAAAGUCAAAGAAUUGAUGAAGAAGAAUACUUUGCUACUGAUUAAUCUAGUUCUGAUAUUAACUUAACACUUGAUAGAUCAUGUAGAGAAUUGGAUGUAAGAUUUAGAUUACUUGCUGAAAAAGAAAAAUAAGUUGCUUAAAGAGAACUUAAAACUAUUAUUUCAGAAAAACAUCUUCUUAAUAGAACUAGAAGUUAAAGAAUGAUAAGUCCAAAUAGUAAAGAAUAAGAUUGUGAUCUCAUUAAUCGCCCUAAUCAGGAUUCUAAGCAUUUUUAAGAUGCCAAAUCAACCCUUAAAUUUAAAUCAAAAUUAAAAGUAAUAUUAUAUUUAUAAAUAGAAAUCUAGCAUUCAUGAACAAUCUAAUGUUUUCAUCAUUUGA